UGUGGCAAUCUCAGCUUUGUAUGGUUCUGAACUAAACACUGCAACUUCCUCUUCAGGGGGUGCGGCCUACUCUCACUGUGUUACGCAACAACUGUGCCCUCUCACCUCCUCCUGAACAGACUGGAAGGACAACAACACCAGAGCACCACCCUUUCCCUUACAUCUGAGAUUGUGUCUGGACAUGUGUCAGAGCGAGCACAGAUUAAAAAGAAAUGUGUUUACAUCAAACAAUUUGAAACCAGGUACCCUGACAAGAAUGUGAGACUCAUUUUGUUUCUGUUUUGUCCUCACAAAGCAAAAAAGAUUGUGGAAACCAUGAGGAGAUUGAAAUGUUUUUCACUAUUUAAAGCUUUAAUACUUGAAGCAUCCAAAUAACAAACAAAAGACUCUAAAAAAAAGAGCAUUUUAAAACAAAGUAACAUCUAUUAAAAUUACUUAUAACUAUGACCUUUGUGUGUGCUACUCUUUCAUAAGACCAUCAAUAAAAUAAUUCAUACCACAAAAAUAGCAGAGUCACAGAUAAUUGAACUAAUAAAACAUGAUUAUAAAAAAUGCCUCUUGAUCCCUUUCUGUCAAUUAUUCACCUGACAUCGCUGGCUGCCAUUGGUUCACCUCCAACACACUUUCUUUACUCACCCAACAGGUCUGUGCAGCAACACAUAAAAGCUUUGGUCCUCAUCUAGAGUUCAGCUGUUGCUGGAAGGAAGAGAGAGAGGUGCAGAGAUGGGCUACCUCUUCUACUUCUCCGCUGAGACAUGGACCCUCCUGGUUGCCCUCAUCACUCUGUUUUAUGUGUAUGCCAUGUGGCCAUAUGGUGUAUUUAAGAAAAUGGGCAUCCCUGGUCCCAAACCAGUCCCUAUUUUUGGCACUAUGCUGGCUUACAGAAAGGGGUUCUUCAACUUUGAUGGAGAUUGCUACAAGAAGUAUGGAAAAACAUGGGGUAUUUUUGAUGGCCGUCAGCCAGUGCUGUGCCUCACAGAUCCUGCCAUGGUUAAAGCUGUUCUGGUAAAGGAGUGUUACUCCCUCUUCACCAACCGCAGAAACUUCUAUCUGAAUGGACCCCUGUACGAUGCCGUGUCUAUUGCUGAGGAUGAGCAGUGGAAGAGGAUCCGCAGCGUCCUUUCUCCUUCCUUUACCUCAGGAAGACUGAAGGAGAUGUUUGGGAUAAUGAAGCGCCACUCUGCUAACCUGAUUGCCGGCAUGAAAAAGAAAGCCGACAAGGACGAGCCCCUGGAUCUGAAGGAUUUCUUUGGACCCUACAGUAUGGAUGUAGUAACCAGCUCAGCCUUCAGUGUAGACAUCGACUCACUCAACAACCCCACAGACCCCUUCGUCACCAACAUCAAGAAGAUGCUCAAGUUUGACCUCUUGAACCCUCUCUUCCUCAUUAUUGCUUUCUUCCCCUUUAUGGGUCCAGUAUUUCAGAAGAUGGAGUUAUCCUUUUUCCCAAAAACUGUAACGGACUUCUUUUACGCUUCACUGCAGAAAAUCAAGUCAAAUCGGGUGACUGCCAAGCAAACGGCUCGAGUGGAUUUCCUUCAGCUGAUGAUUGAUGCUCAGAAAGACAAUGACCCCAGUGGAGCUGUACACGAGAAAGGCUUAAGCGACCAUGAGAUCCUCUCUCAAGCAAUGAUUUUCCUCUUUGCUGGCUAUGAAACCAGCAGCAGCUCUCUGACUUUCUUGGCCUUCAAUCUGGCAACUAACCCUCACGUAAUGAAGAAGCUGCAGCAGGAGAUUGACUCCACCUUCCCGAACAAGGCACCUGUUGAGUACCAGGCUCUGAUGCAGAUGGAGUAUCUAGACUGUGUCAUCAACGAGUCGCUCCGAUUGUACCCCAUUGCUUCACGUUUGGAGCGUGUUGCAAAGGCAUCUGUGGAGAUAAAUGGCCUUGUGAUUCCGAAAGGUAUGGCUGUCAUGAUACCUACAUGGCCCCUGCACCGGGACCCUGAGAUAUGGCCUGAUCCGGAAGCAUUCAAACCUGAAAGGUUCAGCAAGGAAAACAAGGAAACUAUUGAUCCGUACACAUACAUGCCUUUCGGGGCCGGGCCAAGGAACUGCAUUGGGAUGCGAUUUGCUCUGGUGGCGAUGAAACUUGCACUGGUAGAGGUUCUUCAGAGAUACAGCUUCUCUGUGUGCAAGGAGACUGAGAUCCCCUUUGAGUUGGACAUCAAUGGCCUGCUGGCACCAAAACGACCCAUCAAACUCAAGCUGGAGCCACGGCACGUGGCUGCGAGCUAAAGAUACAACAAGUUCAGAGAUUUUACAUUUUGUCAUGUUGUUUACAGACACAUGAAUAAACAUGUUUCCUUCGUUAGAGGAGAGUAACAAAGUCAAUUUACCCAAACCCUGUAUUAAGUCUAAUUUUAAGGUUCUUGUACUUUGCUUUAGUAUUUCUGUUUUCUGCUUCUACUCCAUCACAAUUCAGAAGGAACAAUCAUCAGUUUUUACUCUUCUGAAUUACUUUAAUAUCUUCAGUUACUACUCUCUCUGCAAAACAGAUGAAUGCUAUAGUAUGUUAACAGCAAAUGAAUCAUGAUGGCGAUUUACAGGAAACCUUUUUUUUGUAUUAUUUUGCACUAGGGUGCUAUUAUUUAAGUAUAAGAACUUCCCACGCUAA